AUGAACUCCCUCAACCCCCCAAGGAAAAACAACCCCCCACCAAACCCACCCUCCAAUGAACAAUCCCCAGAAGAAGAAGAAGAAGAAGAAGAAGACUACAUGUCCAUGACCUUCACCACCACCCCCUCCACCACCACCCACACCCACCCCCACCUCAACCGUCAACCCCACGCCCCCGCAGAAACAUCCCUCCAACGCCGCCAGCGCCUUCGCCGCGAGGCCGAGGCCCGCGCCCAUCCCAAAUCCAAAGCCGAGCUCGCCGCCGAGGCCGACGCCCGGCGCGAGGCGGCGCUGGCCCAGUCGCUGUUUGAGGCGAAGCCGCAGAGUAAGGGGUUGGCGAUGAUGGCGCGGAUGGGGUUUAGGGGGGGCGGGUUGGGGAGGAGGGUUGAUGGUGGUGCUGGUGAAGGGGGGGAGGGGGGUGGUGGUGCUGGUGGUGGUGGCAGGACGGAGCCGAUUCGCAUUGAGAUGCGGGAUGGGAGGGAGGGGAUCGGGUUGGAGAGUGAGCGGAAGCGGAAGGUCAGAGAGGCGGCGGAGACUGCGGGGGAGAGGGCGAAGCGCGCCAAGGCGGAGGAAGGCGAGUAUAGAGAGCGCUUGCGCAGGGAGCGCGAGGAGGCGCGGUGGGAGAGGCAGCUGGCGGCCGCGCAGAAGGUCGCUGAGCGGAUGGCUGCGGAGAGAGAGGAAGAGGAGGCUCAGGCGGAGGGCAGGAAGGUGGUGGUGCGCCCGUUGAAGGGGAUACCUGUCGUUUGGAGGGGGUUGGUUAGAUCGCGCGAGGAGGCCGAGAGGGACCGUAGGAUGAGGUAUGAUUUGGAGCAGGGGCUGGCGAGGCUGCCUACGUAUGACGAUGCGGAAGAGGAUGAGGCCGAUAAAAAGGCACUUGGGAAGGCGGCGACGACGUAUGCAACGGCGGAAGACCUGGAUGAGGAGGAUCCUGAGCUGGAGGAGUUCAACGCCUUGCCGGUGGAUGAGCGAUUGCAGAAGGCGGUGGGGCAUUUGCGCGAGGAGUAUCGUUACUGCUUCUGGUGCAAGUUCGCGUACCCGGACGAGGAGAUGGAGGGGUGUCCGGGGUUGACGAUCCCGUGCUCGUCCCUGACAUUGCUAGCCACCUCGCUGCAACUCGUUUGCCAAGAACUCUUCCCGAUCUUCCGCAAAACCUCCCACCCCCCCCCAUCAGUGCUUCCUAUUCCUCCGACCGUGCAAAUGCUGGCGAAACGCGGGCGUCUCCCUCUCCCCCUGCCCCACGCUUUUCCAUCCUCGCACCCUCCGUCUCCACCACCAACCUCCUCCCCAUCCCAUCCUCCCCCGUACCCCCCUCCCCCCAACCCUCCCACCUCACCUUCCCCACCCCCACCGCGCUCCCCCAAUUCGGAUCCAGUCCCCGCACAAAACCGAGCCAGUACCCCAUGA